AUGAUGCUUCAUUUUCGAGACCCGGCAAAGUUGAAGACUAAGAAGAUUGUGUUUGAAGAGGCUUAUUCUGCUCGUGAUUCCACAACACUUGAGCAACUGAAAGAAUUGAGCUCUAAGCGUAGAAUGAUUGAGGAGUCUAUUAAUGAGAGCAGCUCCAUUACUACGGCCAUUGCAAGAGAAAUGUCUGGAGGGUUAACUUCUCGUUCUCAACAGGUUCUUCACAACCUAGAAAUGUAUCUUCCAUUGCUGGAGAAUUUGAUUUUCCAUGUUGGCAUGAUCAGCGACUUUGGCCAGAUAGUUCGAUGGAAUUCAGAACUUAAGAUGCAAUGGACUAGUGCUCUUAGUUCAUCUUCUUUCUUUAACUUUAAAGGUCCAAAAUAUUUUCAAAUCAAUAGCUUGCAGUUUGAGAUUGGUAUGACCCUUUUCCUUUAUGGUGCAAUCCUUCGGGAGAGGGCAUUAGAAGUUCUUCCUGCAGACCUAGUGCAAUCGGCCACCCUUUUCAGAGAAGCUGCUGGUGUUUUUCAUCAUCUUGCUCAUAAGGUUCUUCCUAUUCUACAAUAUUCACUCACUGCGGAAAGGCCACCAGAAGUUGUCUCAUCUGUGUCCACUGUCAUGAGCCUCAUUUGUUUGGCUGAGGCCCAGGCGGUAACAAUAAAGAGGGCUGAAGAGAAGGGCACUACCGUGGGUCUUUUGGCAAAGUUGCAUCGUGGUGUUGCAGAGUUGCUUGAUGAAGCUGCAGGUGUUUUAAAUACAGCAAGUAGGGAGUGUAAUGAUAUUUCUUCACGCAUUGUGGAAUUCAUAUCAUGUUGCAAAGCGCUACAUGAGUUAAAAAGUAAGAAAUACUUUGCCGAAAGCCUGAAGAUUGCCAACCAAUUCGGGGCUGCCAUCGGAGUUCUUCGAGUUGCACUGGUUGAUGUGAAGAAGAAGAAAAUGCCAGGCCAAGAGUCAUGGAAAUAUGUUCUCAAAGAGGAAAUUGAUAAGUUUGCGGAAUUACUCAGGAAGCAUGAACAUGAAAACGAGUUUGUUUGGCAUGAGAAAGUCCCCUCUGAGGAUGAGUUGCCAGAACCUGAAGGUAACAAAAUUGCAAGUAUCAUACCUUAUCAACCCAAAAGAUGGGAAAGACAACUUGCCUUCAAGAUUUGA